UCCCUCGUAGGCUGCUCGCAGUCACCUGACUGGAUGACAUCACUAAGGUGUCAAAACAGCCGUUUGCAGUGCAGGGUAUGGCUGUGAGGAAGACGGUCCUACUGAGAGACUCUACGCACCACUCCUGCUGACACUGUUGCACGUUUAUUCUCUAACCUCUGAUUUCCGGCCAUGACUUUGAGGCUUUCACCGUUUCUGCUGUUCCUCCUCUUGUGUUGCGUGCAGAUAUGCGUGUCGCAGGAAGAUAAUCUUAGAGGUUUCACUGGUACAGAGACCAAGGAUGGGAUCUGGCUUAGCCCACAUGUCAAAAAAGUCCUGAGCAGCCGCCUCACUACUGUCUUCCUCCCAGUCAUCUACAUCAUCGUGUUUGUGGUUGGGCUGCCCACAAACGGCUUGGCGAUAUGGGUGUUCCUGUUCAGGACCAAAAAGAAGCAUCCAUCAUCCAUCUACAUGGCUAACUUAGCCCUGGCUGACCUCCUCUUCAUCAUCUGGAUCCCUUUAAAAAUAGCGUACCACUUUAAUGGAAACGAUUGGAUCUACGGCGACGGCCUGUGCAAGGUGCUGGUGGCGUUUUUUUACGGCAACAUGUACUGCUCCAUCGCCUUCAUUUCCUGUAUCAGCGUGCAGCGCUACUGGGCCGUGGUCAGCCCGCUCUCCCAGCGACAGAGGGACAACUGCACAGCCGUGGGCGUGUCCGUGGCAAUCUGGGUGGUGGUCUGGCUCGUCACAAUCCCCCUCUACCUCUACGACCAAGAGGUCAAAGUCGCAAACAUGAACAUUCGCACCUGCCACGACAUCACCAGGCCAAGCCAGAUAAAAAUCGCAGCAGGCUACUUCCUGGCGAUGGGAAUUCUGGGAUUUGUGGUCCCGACCGUGGUGUGCAUCAUCUCCUACGUGCUCAUGCUGAAGGCGCUCAGGAACAGCAUGACGGACCCCACCAUCGCAAAGAGGAGGAGAAAAGCGGUGGUCUUGAUUAUCACAGUGCUGGUGAUGUUUCUAGUGUGCUUCACCCCCAGUAACAUCAUGCUGCUAGUGCACUACAUCCUCCUACUGGGUGAAGCGGAGAAAAACCAGUACGGGUUUUACAUCACCACCCUGUGCCUAGCCAGCCUCAACAGCUGCUUUGACCCUUUUAUUUACUACUUCAUCUCUGAGGACUUCAGGGAGCACGUGAAGAACACAUUCCUGUGCAGGAGCGAGAGGACUGUGGAGAGGAUGAGGGUCUCCUUCAGCGCUCUGAAGUACUCCAGGAAGACCAACACGUAUUCCUCAUCAGGGAACACUCAGAGCACGGACUGCUAGUGGAUUUUAAAGGGUAACUCCAGGGUUUUAAAGCUGGGCUAAAAAACACUCACAGCCAGGUACUUGACAGACUCAGAUUGUAACUUCAAGCCCUUGACAUGAUUACCAUAUGGAUCCUUUAGUGGGUAUACCUCUGAGUUCAAGAGUUUAACAAGUUUUGUGAAGCCAUAAAAACAACAUUUAUCACUUUUUUAUAGGCACCUGACUUCAUUGACAAAAAGGGGAGGGCCAAAGACUCCACAUAUAACACGCUCUGACCUUUUCAAGUGUUUUAUAAAAUCCCUGAAUGGAUUGCUUAUGAGGUAGACCUUUUUUCAGGAGUAAAAUCCUUCAUUUGAAUCACUUUUUUUCAAAGCCAUCAGACUCCAUUGACAAAAACAGUUAUUUAGACUCACAGAGUGUAGGGGCUGCGUGUCUACGACUAACUUUCUUGCAUAGUUGUGUCUAAACUAAACAAGGUGAUUUAGCUGAGGUAAACAUUUAGAGUGUAAGGAAACAACCAUAUAGAGGCAAAAGUGCAAAAGCAAGUUCUUUGACAUGCACUUUAAAGUCCCUCCUUUUGUAAAUGGAGUCUGGUUGAUAUAUUUUGGUUUAAAAAGUGACAUGGAUUUAACCAAACUGUGCAUUUGGAACCUUUUUGUAAUGCAGCUGAGGCUUUAAAAUACGUCUAAAUGGAGCCCAUUGGUUUAAAGAUAACAGCCUUUAAAUGUGAAGAUGAGAUAAGCACAUUUGUUGACAUAAAAGUAAACAGUUUUGGGAUUGCUCAAGUGCAUAAAUCACUGAAGUCAGCAGCUGCAAUCUGAUCCCUGCAUGCAAAACUCCCUGAUCAAAAUCUGUCCAUUAAAAGUGUUUUUUUUUUUCCACUCAAAGGCUCAGUGACAACAUCGUGGACACCUUAAGAUCUUUACUUUAAGUGUGCUGCUCUCUUCAAAGCCGUCAGACUGCUUAAACAAAAUCUAUCAUUAGACCUCGCAGAACAUUGGAGAUGUUGGUGUGAGUGUUUUUGUGUUCUUGGCGGUUGUAGGUGGGGCGGUUCUUGUGUUUGGUCUGAACAAACAUUUGAAGCACUCAUGACACACAAUAACACACACUCACAACAAAGCAGCAGUAGAGCGAAGUGAAGUGAAGGAAAAAGACAAAAGAAAAGGAUAAAAACUAUAACAUCAUCCUCUUCUAUGGAAAGGAGUCAAAGAGUUAAUUUAUAAAUCUGAGCAUGUCAUAGGGAAAACAAGCACUUUACUGACAAUCACAGACCUUAUUGUUCCUCUUUUUAUGAGCCGCUCUGAUCUGAAAUAUGCAAAGAUAUACUCCAGAUUUAAAAAUACUACAAUCCCCUUUAACAUGAUCAUUGAACUCACCUCGGGUACAAACACAAACUUUCUUUCUGGAUCUGCUGUGAGGAAAUGGAGCAUAGCCAUCGCUGAUCUCCUUCAAGCUUCAAGCUGUCUGAGUUACUGUGUUUUUAUUUUUGUACAUACAUGUUUAUUUUUUUAUAUCUUUGUUCAUAAAACUUGAAUGCACAAAGCUUGACUUGAUGCCACUGGGAUAUGAUUGUUUUCCUUUAAGCGUUUUUUAACAUGUAAUCUUUUAAUCCACGCUGCUUAUUGAAAUAAAUUCUGACGGAUGAUUUGAUGAUGUGCCAGAAGUCUCUACAACUCAACACGGCACAUUCUUCAUGUUGCAUCAUGGAAGUACAAGCUCUUCAUGUGUAUUUAUCUGGAAUGUGUUUUUUCUUUAAGUUAUUUUAACUUGUAGAUUUAGGUUUUUAUCUUUGUCAAUAAAGAGUUUAAAUCAAACUGA